AUGGCUGAAAAACGAAAACUGUUAGCAGAAAUCGAAAAAUGCUAUAAAAAGAUUGAUGAAGGCGUUGAGCUGUUCGAGGAAAUCAUGAACAAAAUGCAGGAGGCGAACAGUGAUAAUCAGCGCGACAAAUAUCAAGACGAUCUGAAAAAGGAGAUCAAAAAGCUGCAACGAUUGAGGGACCAGGUCAAAAACUGGCAGAAUUCUUCCGAGAUCAAAGACAAAGAGAAGUUGAUCAGUUAUCGGAAACUCAUUGAGCAGCGAAUGGAACAGUUUAAAGAUGUUGAAAGAGAGAAUAAGACUAAGCCUCAUAGUAAAUUGGGUUUGUCUGCCGAGGAAAAACUUGAUCCGAAAGAGAAGGAGAAGGCGGAUACGGUCGAUUGGAUUCAGAACCAAAUAAGGGCAUUGAAUGACGAGUCGGAUCGGACAGAGAUGCAGCUCGAAUCGUUGUCGAACACGGAUUCCGGCAAGAAGCGCGGCAAAAAAGAGGAUGCGCGAGCAAAGAAUGAGCGUGAGAAACGAAUCGAAACCCUGCGGCAUCAUCUCGAGCGUCUGAAGUUUCAUAUUGAAAAGCUCGAGGUGUGCAUGCGGAUGAUUAGCAACGAAUCAUUGAAUGCCAAAACAGUCUUUGAUGUGUUAAAGGAACCAAUUGAAGCAUAUGUGGAAUUAAUGGAUACAGAUGGUGAUGAUAAAAAUAAUUAUGAUCCCGAAGAUGCUUAUGAUGAGUUGGACUUGGAGAAACUUUGUGCACAAAUCGGCGGAGUUAACUUGUUAUCGGUUGAUGAUGAACAUAAGGAGAAUGGACACGAACUCGGCAUUGAUACAGAAUUUGGUGCAGUUUCCUCGAGUCGACACGGAAGUAAUGAGAAUGGCCAGCCACCGAGUCCUGCCUGUCGACGAGUAACCGCACCGAUAUCUAUGAGCUCGCCAAUAUCGCAGUCUUCGCCGCAUCACUCGACCGAUUCUAGGAAGCUUAUCAAGGAAUCGUCGUUCGAUCGACCGCGGUCGCCGGCGACUGCGAGUAUUGCAGCAGCACCGCCACCGCCACCACCAGGCAUCCCAUACAACUCGGUUGCUGCUGGAAGGAGUACGACGACACCUGUGCCGAAUACGCCGCAAGGCUCUUCAACACAUUCUUCUGUUACACCGUCGACAAUAAAAGCACCGCUAUCGGCGAAUUCAACUGUCAGUUCUACUCCAUCAAUCGACACAACGAACGAUGAAAGCAGCGAAGAAAAGAAAGAAGUGGUGGAGAACGGCGCGGCGUCGAGCGACGAGUUGUCUGUCGAGAAAUCGUCGCCAACAUCGAAUUGCUCAAGCGUCUCGUCUCCGCCGGAGACGGGCGCCACCGCCGAAGCGCAAUCCGAAAAUGUUGAGGUGAACGUGAUGAAUCGUCGUGUUGUGGAAUAG